AUGCGCCUACCUAGAAGGCUGAAAAUAAAACGUUUCCAUAAACCGAGUUGUUCUUCGAUUCUUCCAAAGUAUCCAGGAUGCCCUUUCUCUCUCAAUCUCUCACUAUCUUUUCUAAAUUUCACACAUUACGAUGUUCAUCUCCAGAUGAUCAACCGGUUCUUCCCUAAUGUUUAUUAUUCUGUCGUCAUUCCCAUCAUACUAUUAUCCACGUCAUACAGUGCCAAAAUAGCUCCAAAAUGUCGUGAUACUGAUAUGAACUGUGCUGUUUGGGUUGCCACGAAUACUUCAGAUUGCGAAAAUGUGGAGCUAGUCAAUUCACAUUGUCCGAGAACUUGUCAAACUUGUGGAGAACCAAUAGACCCCAAGUACGACGUAAAACUCCUCCCUGCUAAACUGAAAUCAAUCGCUUGGAUGGUUGGAAGAUGGAGGUCAGAAUUUGGAGGAAAAGCAUUUUUCCCAACUAUUCCAAAGUUUACGUAUGGAGAACAAGUGGAUAUCACCAUUGCCGAUAAUUCACAAGAUACACAUACGCCAUUACUGAAUUAUACCGCGUUCGCCUGGGAUAUCAAUAUGCCAGACGGUGAUCCAACUGAAAUUCAUUCUGAGAACGGAUAUAUUGCUGUUGAAUAUGAUAAAGAGCAAGAGAAGGAAUAUGUCUCACUGAAUACUGCAAUGAGUAAUGGAUUCAUGACAAUCGAGGAAGGAGAAUCUGGACCGAAUCAAGUGAAGUUUAGGCUGCAAAGAAUUGGGAGAAUCAGUUUUUCGCACGACUCUGCUGUUCGAAUUAUGUUCCGUGAAUGGACUCUUCUCGAUGAAAAUCGUUUAGAAGCCCGUCUUCUAAUGACCACAACAAUUACAAGACGACUCAUGGAGCACACGGCAGUUAUUUAUAAAAAGAUUUAUCCGUGAAAAUAACGUGUGUAUUAUUGUUCUAAAUUGAAAACAUUUCCGGGUUGAAAUAAAAAAUAUAUAAAAAGUACUUAAAU